UAUAUCCCCACUACGCCACAACGCCUGUGUCCAUCACUUUCUCAAUAGGUCGCUCUGUUCCAACCUGCGAUUGUAACUAUCUGAUCAUGUCCCACUCAGGUGCUCAAGGUAGCAUUGGCAGCCACUCUGCCAUUGGAAUGCGCAAUCACAAGAUGUACCUCUAUGAAUAUGAGAACUUCCAAGGCCGUAGGAUGGACCUAUUCGGAGAGUGCCGUAACCUGUGUGAGAAGGGUUUCGAAAGAAUCGGCUCCAUCAGGGUCGAGUGUGGACCCUGGGUGGGUUAUGAGCAGCAGAACAUGACUGGUGAGAUGUUCAUGCUGGAGAAGGGAGACUAUCCCCGCUGGGACACCUGGUCCAACAGCUACAGGUGUGAUCGCUUCAUGUCGGUCAGGCCUGUCAGAAUGGAUCCCCAGGAUCACAAGAUUUGCCUGUAUGAAUGUCCAAACUUCGAGGGUCGUAAGAUGGAGGUGUGCGAUGAGGAUAUUCCAAGCCUGUGGUCUUACGGCUUCCAGGACCGUGUUGCCAGUAUUCAGGUCACCGGUGGAACCUGGGUGGGCUACCAGUACCCGGGCUACCGUGGCUACCAGUAUGUGUUUGAGAUGGGCCCUUUCAAGCACUGGAACGAGUGGGGAGCCCACCAGCCCCAGAUCCAGUCCAUCCGUAGGGUGAGAGACAUGCAGACACACCGCAGGGGCUGCUUCGAGAUGACCGCAUAGAGAGGAGUCCAGCAGACUGUGGGCUAACAGGAGAGAAUAGCAAAGGGGUCAGGCUUGCCAUGCUGCUAACCAUCCCUUGAAAAUUCUUCAACAGCCACCUAGCCACACAUAAGCUAAUGGCUUUUGAAUAUUGUUAUGCAUUUACUGGUAGGAUUUGGGAGUAUGUGACAUUGUGAAUGAUUCUGAUGAGAAGUUGUGAUUGUCACAGACUUCCAGAGUAACUGUAACACCGGUAAAAAUGGUAGCAAUGCUCUCUGUCUACAGACCUCAGAAAGAUUAUGAAAGGCGGAUUAUAGGGGAUUAGUUGAUAGUUUGUGUUUAUUAGUUUGUUUCAAUGCUAUUAUAACCCUUUUAUUUUAUUUUUAACUACUCGCCUACAUGUUUCUAGCAUGAUGCCAAUAAGCCUCUUCACCAACGCGCUCUCCCUCUCCUGGGAUCCACAGAUUUUAAAGAGCAAAGGGAUAAACAAUCAUAUCACUCCUCACAAGGUACUACCAUGUACAGCUCUCAGCUCUGCACAUGCCCUGCAGUAAGUUUGCCAAGCAGAGGGAGGCACUAUCUCCUCAUCACAAAGCAAAAGGCUCACUUCACUGAAAGGAAGAGGGCACUGGCCAGUGUGUGAUUAAUAAAAAGAGAGGUGACUGUGCAGGGUUGUGUUUUGCAGAUGUGAAUAUCUUUUGGCUGGCCCGUUUCAGCUCAUUGAUGGGGCUGACCGGAGAUUUGCAUUUUACACUUUCUCAGGGAUGCUGGCAUCUGGAAAUCUACUUUCCAAUAAAGAAAAAUGAAAUAAAGAUAUUAUAAAGCUGAAA